AUGAAGGUGGUGAAUCUAACCUUUCUCCUCACCUCCAGCUCUCCAUCAGCUCAGACUCAUGAUAAAGUCUCCUCCGGACUCCGGACCGGCUCCUGCUCUGCGUCUACCCCAGCUGCUGCGGCCUCCUCUGCACCCCCCGCACCGGCCCCCUCUCUGUCCCCCGCCUCCACGGCCCCGGCAGCACCCACCGCCUCUGCUCCGGCCCCAACAACCAGCCCGUACCCCCCCUCUCCUAACUGCCGCAUCCGAGAGGUCCACUGUGGCAGCCAGGUGCGUCUGGUGGUCAUUGCCAUCCGAGACAUCACCAAGGGGGAGGAGAUCACUGUGGACUAUAGCCUGACGGAGUGGGGGGAGAACCUGAGUUUCCGUGGUCCUGCGUCUCCAGCACAAGACGAGUGUAUCUCCGACAGUGAGAAUAACAAUAAUAUCAAAAAGGAGGAGGAGCCUCUCUCCGUGUCAGCCCAGCAUCGGCAGCAGCAGCAGGAGUAUGUCACCCCCUCAUGGUCCCUCUCCCCCUCCUCCUCCCCCAUCUCCCACUCUGACGCCAGUGACUCAGACUCUGUAGAAGAAGACAACGCCAGCCCCCGCGGCCGGGCACAACAGCGGCGCAAGAAGCGGCGCAACACCCCUUCAAAGAAAAAGACCCCCCAUCGGACACUAGCCGGGCGGUCUUCGCUGGCUUCGCCCAACAGCAUUCCUCCUCACAACCGCCCGCUUUCUUCAUCCCACCCUCCAGCGCAGUCCUCCCCUCCCUCCUCCUCUUCUGCUAAGCCUGUGUUCAAAGCUCCGGCUCCACAUGGCUCUAUCACCAAAGGCAUCAUCAGCGCAAACGCCCCCAGAGGCGUGUCCAUAGACGCCAUGCGGCAAACCUGCGAGCACUGCGGACGUCACUUCCGCUCCCUGGGUCGCCACUUGGAUAAACACCAUGCCCACCAACCAGAAGUGUGCUCCGCCCUCGUGGAGCGCUACACACAAAUGCCCCGUCUGCACCCACAGAGCACAAACCCUCCCACCGCUCACACACACUCUCCGUCGCCACAGAGCGAAAGACAGAGUUCAGAACUUCCGCAGAUUGGCGCCCAGGACCUCUCCAUGCCUCCGCCCACUCUCACAGCAGCUAACCAAUCCCCUGCCUCCUCUGGGAGAAACUCCACCCCUCCGGUGCUGACUCCUCCACAAGGACAGAGCGCCGUGCUGUCCAGGAGGGGAUCAAUGGGGAUGAUGGAGACGGAAAGACAGGGGGAGGAGGGAGAGAUAGAGGAGGAGGAAGAUGAAGAUGAUGUGGAGGUCGUGGAGAUAAAGAGGCCCAAGGAGGAGGAGGAAGAUCUUGAGCUGGUGUGCCCUCAGCACUUCAUCAGCAAUUUGGCCAAAGAGAUGGAGCCACCAAAAGAAGAGGAGGAGGAGGAGGAGGAAGAAGAGGAGGAGAAUGGAGUGAUGGAGGUGGAAGAUGAAAGUGGGACAGACGAGAAGGACAAGGAUUUGAUGAGUGGUUCGGGGCGUCACCACAUGCUGCCCCUCCUCUCGUCCUUGUCCUCUCUGGUGCUGUACCUCCGGCGGCUGCAGCACUCUGCCUUCCUGUCCCUGUCCCGGCAGCUGCAGUCGGCCGAGGCCUGGCGCCUGCUGUGCCACUCCAGCCUGGCUCUGCUCAUCCUGUACAACCGCCGGCGUGAGUGUGAGGUCUCCAAGCUUUCCAUCACAGAAUACCACGCUCGCAUCACUCCCCAGUGCCCGGUUCCUGUCCCACCGGGGGCCCCUCCUGCUCUCACUCCCUUAGAGGCCUCCCUGUCCCCCUUCGAGCGUCUGGUGCUUCCCCACCUCCCCAGAGUCGGGGUCCAGGGUAAACGAGGAAGAGUCCAGCCCCUCAUCCUCCCGCCUCACUGCGAGCCCUGCCUGGAGCUCCUCCUGCAGACGCGGCAGGAAGUGGGAGUCGACCCCGCAAACCCGUAUGUCUUCGCCAGGCCAUACCACUCCCCCGCCACGCCGCUGCGAGGCACCGACCUCCUCCGCAGCCUGGCCCGCUCGAGUGGCACCCGCAACCCCCGAGCCCUGACCCAGACCAGGGUCCGCCGGCAGGUCGCCAUCCUGACGCAGCUGCUGCUCCUGGGAGAAGGAGAGGAGCCCGGGCAGCCUGGAGGCAGCGCUGUGGAGAGGCUGGAGCACUUCCUGGAGAGGGAGUACCAUGUGACACAGAACUGUGCUGGAAUUGGACAAGACCCAGGCCUGAUGGGCAGAGUGGGCAGAGUGGUGCUCUGCGGAGAGAGAGAUGGAGUUCUCUUCAGAGGAAUGAGCCUGAACCACAUCUGCCUGGAACUGGACGUAAUGUCAGGAAACUCUGCAGACUCGUACUCGGAGGGAGAGUCUGAAGGGGAGCAGACGAAGGAGAAGCCCGAGGCAACCCCCCCUGCCCCUGCCCCUGCUCCUGCUCCCACCCCUACACCUACCCUGCUGUAUGUCAGGAAGGGCAAGAACAACGGGCGGGUGGGCCGACCUAAGAAGCUGAAGAACAGCCAGCCAGCCCUUCCAUCUGCUCCACCUUCCUCCACACACCACAGCCGGGACUCAGGACAGCCCAAAUCAGGAAAGCGAGGCGUCCUGAAGCGUCCCUGGUCAGAGGCGGAGCGGGCUGCGGUCGAGGAGCACCUCACCCAGAACAUCACGGAUCUCCGGGUCCCCGCGAAGGCUGACUGCGAGCGCUGCCUGCAGCAGUGCCCCCUGCUGGUCAGCAACCACCGCGACUGGAGGGCCAUCAAGUUCUACUGCCACAAUCGCAUUCAGCUGCUGAAGAAAAACCAGCGUCGGGAAAUCGAGCCCCUGGCCCUCAUUGUCUGCUGAGAGGAGAGAGGGUUCGGGGAGGCAUCAGAGCAGAUUCUCAAAUGGUACCCUGCUCCCCAGGAAAUGCACUAGUCUUGAGAGGACGGUCCUAAAAGUUUCACUUCUCGUAGCCCGGUUUGGUUCUGACACAGCUUUUUCAUUUGACACAUGAUGGCGUUUUUUUAUUUGAGCCACACAAGAACAGAAAUCUGAAUUCACUUUUUUUGCUGCUCUACUUUAAGGUCUUAAAAAAUGACACUAGAGUCUACACAAUGCUCCUCGUUUGAGGGACUUGUCAAAAGCGGAGCACUGUGACGGGUCCCGUUUGAGACUUGCGUUGGGGGACUUCAGAGACCAUGACACUUGCUCGUGAUUUGUUGUACAUGGACAAUUUCUUUAUCUCCUUCCAAAACGCAUACACUAAAAUGAAAUGUAAUCAAAGGAGGCAGUGGAGCCUCACAGUGUUGCUGAACGUCGUGAAGUAGCAUUAGUGUUCCAUGCGCUUGGAGACGUUAAUAGGACAAAUGGCCCGUGCUGGGGCCACAUGUUUCUUAAUAGUGACUAUAUAACUAGAGUAGGCAAUACUACUGCUAAGACUAACCAGAUCUUCUUAUACAACUGACUGUAGUUCUGACAAUGGUUUUAUUAUAUUUGGACCAUCAUUUACAUGUAAGGUACUUGUGGAGGAAUGAGUUGCUGUAUUGCAGUUUUUAUGAAGUUUAAAUUUAAAGUGGAACGCAGAGUUUCAUUAGAGAGACAAUUAAACGGCCGCAGAAUGUUGUGAAGUUACUUUUGGAUACCUAAGAUGUUUUGUUCAAAUACAAAGUCCAGGAACAUGAGGACUGUUUGGAAACCUGUUGCAUUCGACUCAUUUUCCCCAGAGGAACAGUUGUUUCCUUUUGUUUUUGUCUUUUUUCUGCCUGUUGCACAUUUGUUAUUCAAAGCAGUAAAAAAGGUGCUAUAGGCCAAUAAGCUGGAUAUCACUUUAUAUGUAGAGAGGAGAUUUCCCAUGGUUGUGUUAGAAGUUUAUUAAUAAGUGGGCAUUUAUCACAGACGUGAUUGUUCUGUCUCCACGUUUAUUGCAUUGUCUGUGAUGUCCUUUCCAUCGGUUAUAGCUCCUCCUGUCCUGUCCCAGCAACACUACACGGUUUGCAGCUCCACCACAUUUUUGGUUUAUCUUCGGUGUCGCUUAAAAUCUGCUUCCCAUUGGACUAAAACCUCCAUGAAAUCUGAAGACAGAUACUUGAAGUUAUUUAAACCUUUUGCAGACUUGUUUAUGUUCUUUCUUGCUCUAGCCUUGCCAGUUACAUUGUACAUAACAAAUAUAUUAUCAUUAUGCUAACUGGUUGUUCGUGCUAGACGAUGUAGCUUUUUCAUUUCUGAGUUAUUGCUAUAUGUAAAUAAGCCUGUUUGUAAAUAAUCCUCAGAGAAACAAAGAAAAAACACAAUGUAUGACAUGCCUUGGUUAUUAAUGUGUUAUGUUUUUUCUUUUUUUAUAAGUCUUAUAAAAAUGUAAAGCUCUAA